CAGUGGCAGAUGACGGUCGGAGUGAGCGAGGACAGCGCGCUCUUCUCCUGCUCCAUCUGGAGGCCCCAAGGGAAGUCUUAUCUGUUCUUUACCCAGUUUAAAGCUGAAGUGAAAGGAGCCAAGAUCGAGCAUGCCAUGGCUUAUUCUCAGGCUGCUGCGGGUGCCCUCAACGACAUCCCCCUAAAGCAGGAGGAGUUUGGGGUCACUGAAACCACAGUGUCCCACAGGGAAGGCAAGUUCCGUUUCGAGCUGUCCAAGCUGAUGAUUGUGGCAAAAUCCCCCCGUGAUGAGCUGUGAGUCCAGGCCAGCCCUGGGCAGGGGCCAUGGCCACACCAGCAUGGCAGGGAAGGCAUUUCCUGCAUUUCCUGCAGGGUUUUCUUUUGGUUGGCCAAACCUUUUAUGUUUUCCACACUGCAAUGUGCUGGGGACCAACACGAGUGGGGGCUUGGAGGGCUGGGGACAGAUUUGUUCUGCCUUGUGUCAGAGUAACAGCCCAGGAGGCUCCUGAUCCUGCUGUGCCCCUUCCUGCCUGGCUCUGCAAAGGGGCUCCUUAUCUGCCUGCCUGGCAAGAGCAGUGCAGGGAGAUAAGGGGCUGGACUUAAGCAGGGCUUGCUAAAGGGAGGUUUUAACUCUGUGGUCCCUGGAGGGGAGAUGGGAUUGCUCUCUCCACCAGUGUGACAGGAGGAAAUAAUUAAUCCAGGGGGAGGGAGGGGAUUGGGCAAAGCUCUGACUCUGUGGUGAGUGUGGGGCUGGGCUGGGGAGAGGCAGAGCAGCUCAUUCUGCCACAAUCAGGAAUCAGUCCAGGCAUCACUUCCAUGUGUCAGCACAACCACGGGACUCUUUUAUACCUACAGGAAAAUGAUUUUUUUCUUAUCCAGAGUAAUAACAGGGAAUGUGCAAUUCCUUUCCUGUGUAAAUACAGCGCAAAUAAAGAAAUAAAGCAUCGUGCUCUGGCCUGAA